GUGGGAGAGGAGAGGGACGACAGUACGGAGGAAGAUUCAGUCGGAUAAGUAACUCGUCACCGAGAAACGUGAGGGCAUCAUUACCGAGGUCCACUGCACCAGCUGAAACUUGCUGCCACAAACAUCCCCCUCCAUGUCCGGCGGUUUAACGAUGGAUCACACUUUCCUGCCUCGGUCCAUCUGGACCGGUGACAGUAAAUUCCUCCAGCAUCCAGCGGAUCUCUACAGCAGUGUGAUAGUUACGCGCAGCAUCCCUGCAGGCGCGUGCUUCGGUCCAUGUGUGCUCCAGAACACUUUCUACGACACUAUCGCCUUCAUAGCGCAGAAAUCCUGCGAUAAGAGAGCUAAAUCCUAUGUGUUCAGGGUGGACCCGGAGGCCAUGCGUAAUUCUGCGCUGGUGCUGUCCUGGCUGCGACUCGUGCAGGCUGCGCGCAAUGGAGAGGAGCAGAACACAGAGGCCUUUCUGAAAGCGGGUCAGCUGUACGUGCGGGCCACCCGGGACAUCCGGCAAGAAGAGGAGCUGCUGGUGUGGUACGACCAGGAGCUGUCUCACCUGCUGGGCUUCACAGACAUGACCGGAGGAUCGAGCGAAGAAUUCAAAUGUGGCAGAUGUAACCAGGUCUUCAAGAACGAGUAUCCUUUCUUGGCCCACUGCCGAUUCCUGUGCACUCAGGUAAAGAGCGAUACCUGGAGUCGCGAGGUUUACGGGCACAAGCACGUGGAAAUUAAGAGGCAACGCCGAGUGACAGAUUUCCACAACAUCGCCAGAGAUCUGGAGCACAAAAAACCAGGCAGCAACGAGGACGCAGAGAUUUUCCCCAAAAGAAGGAAAUACGAGGAGACUCUGUACCCCAAAGGACGGAAAACAGUUCUGUUAGAAAAAACGAACAUUUCAAAUGAUGAUAAUAUUACACAGCUGAUUAAGGGUUAUGACCAGGCAGCGGGAGAUGCAUCUUCUUCUACGGGGAAACUGAAAGCCGAUAAGAUCAAACCGGAUCAUUUGGAAUGUAAGAAUGAUGCUUUUGUGGAAGUUGGGGAGGCCAAAGAGACUUUUACACACGACAGAGAGAUGGAAACGGGAGAGAGCUCUGGCGUGCACUCAAGCAGUAGCAGUGCGUUUUCUCUGGUCCUGUCCAACGGCCAGGGCGAGCAGAAAAGCGCUUUCUGUAAACCGAGUAAAAGAACUUCCCCUAUUGACCCCCAGGCGCAUCUCAGCAGCGCUACAACAGCCCCCCCUAGCCGCCUAGAGGAGAUGACCGAGGCUUUUACCUCCAGGACUGUUAUGGGAUACAACAAUCUGAUGGCAUCUAACAUCCUGAGCGGCGACAUACAAAGCGUACCCUCCCCGGUUGCGUUAAACAACGCUUUCCCCUACGCAACGGAGCACUGGUCCAGGAACAUUGGCGCUCAGCUGCAGACCACAUCUUCCCUCACGAUCCUCCCACCGACUUUCUCCUCUUUCGGCGUAUCGGUGCAGAACUGGUGCGCCAAAUGCAACCUGUCCUUCCGCAUGACCUCCGACCUCGUCUUCCACAUGCGCUCUCACCACAAGAAGGAGUUCGCGGCGGAGUCACAGGUCAGGAGGAGGAGGGAGGAGAAACUCACCUGUCCGAUCUGCCACGAGUACUUCCGGGAGCGGCACCACCUGUCCAGACACAUGACUUCUCACAACUGAGACAAGAAGGGACACAAAAAACUAUUUAUUUCCUGAACGACGCUCGUAUUUAACACGUUUAUACUCCAGAUUAGGUGUAUAACAGUGAAUGUAGGUAACUGUAAAGAAAAUAGCGAGACGGGCAGACAUGGCCACCACAGCAUGUCCACUAGAUGACGAUAGAGGUACGUGUAAUGAUCUCACUGCAGUUUGUUGUCUGUCCUGUAGCCCUGUUGUGUUAGGUUUGAUGAUUAUUUUGUGCCUUAUGGAGGAAAGAAAGACAGAGAUCUCGAGGACAGCUCAUGAUUGUCAUAAGUAUGUCAACGCAAUUCUCUUUAUUUAUCAGCUUUUCUCUGCUCUGGUUUGUACAGAACAUAUGGACUGAGUGUGUUUGCACAUUCGUUUUGAAAUCUAAAAUGGUGAAAAUCAAACAGAGGUGUCGAGUAUUUUAUUCUGCCAUCACAUUGGUUCAAAUCAGAAAGGGUUUCAGUUUUUGUCUGACCCAAUAGGAGGCGACUGAGACCUACUUUUGUUUUGCUGAAUACAUUGUCUAUCAAACACGUUUGCUUUGUGAUUAGACUGUAAUUUAUGGAGAGAAGGAGCAGAGCAGUGAGGGAUCCUUCAGUUCUCACUCAGCUCUCAUGCACUAUUUCACGAUAUGGGACAAAAUGUGUUGCUUAAAAGAUGCAUCAGUACAAUAUCAGUAUGUCCUUUGUUUCUACAUUUCAACAUGCAAUGUGAAAGAAGACAUGAUUUUAAUUAGAGAAACAGUCAGCCACUGAUUCCCAGCUGCAAAAAAGUUGAAAGUUUCAUGGUUAUCCCUGGCUGGAGUCCACCUUAGCUCCACUGCUUUGAAUUUGUGAUUUUACAUGUUUCUCCACCUAUAGCCAGCAGCUUCCAUCCCCAUGCGGGUCAGGCUGCGGACACAUGGACAUAAAUAGCCGUCUCUGUUGCAGGUAAAUGAGGCGGGAAGAAGGCAUGAAGUUCAUGGGAAAGUCAAGCCUCGACCCUGUUCAGUCACUCUGUAACGUAAGCAGGGAUGUGAACCAGCCCACACUGCUGUUAUCUACUUUUAUGUAAGUAAAAGAGUUUAUCCUCCCAGUUUCUGCAUAGUACCGCAAACUGUUGAGACUAGUUCAUUAAUAUUUAUACUAUGAUGAUGUGAUGAUGAGCAGUUGGAGAUCAUUACUCAUAUGUUUUAUUACUGGGACUGAAACUUACACUAGACACCACUACAAAAAAUUGCCUAUAAGAACAAGUGCACCGCAGUGUGUUCACAAUCUUUCAGUGCGUUUUAAAAACUCAUUUAUUUUCAGGUAUCCAGAACAAUAAGUACUUUCAAGACUAAAAUGAACUUCUUGGCAGAAUGAAAGUUUUAAAAGUUAUUUGGAAACUGGUAAAAAGAGAUUUUUUUCACUCUUUGAAGGAAAAAUAAGAUUUUUACAUAAAAUAACCAGCGGCACAUGAUUAAAUGAAUGAUUAAGAGGCACAGUGUCACUUUAUUUAAGCUAUAUCCUAAUGAAGAGAGCCAUUAGUUCUCUGAGCUCAGCAACCAUGUGAGGAAAGAGCCAAUUCAGCCCAGACACAGAAAAUCCUCUGUUGUCUAAUAAUGGCUGUAUUGCUCUGCUUUAAUUGAACAGUCAUCAUGUGGAAAAACAAAUAUUGUUCUUGGUUCCCCCUCUUGCCUCGUUUUGGCUUUUUGGCAUAUUGGGCUCUGUACACGAGCCGAGACUACUGUGGUUUUCUCGGCUGGAAUUGACUAUUGUAAGUACUCUCCUGUGACUGUGAUUGCGGUUGACAUGGGGUUCACUUUGUAAUAGCAGACUGUGGGUCCGGACCGUAAAAGGGAUCAGUCAGGAAAUGAGGAAAGGAAAAAAAAGAGAACCGGGAUGUGUAAUAGUACAAUUGGGCCAGCCUACUUUGAAGCUUAAACAUCUAUUAAUGUAAACAUGAUUUAUAAUAACCCUAAUUACAGUCAUCAUCAUAAUUUAAAUGGAGGUUAGACCCCAUAAAGGCUGCAUUUGUAGUGAGGUUUCUAGCUGCAGAACAUUUCCAUUUAUUCAAAAUGGAGAAAACUGAAUCAUGUAUUUGGUAUUUCAGAAAUCUCUCUCUCUUUCUCUGCUCAUCUGUCUCUCUCCGUCAUCCUCAAAUAUGGGUUAAAGAUUAUCUUUCUAGGAUUGUGAUACAGCUUAUCAUAAAACAGGCACACAUUGCCAGCUGCAGCUGCAGGCCACACUGUCUCUUAAACUGCAAAACACCCAAAGGUAAAAUAGUGUCACAUCACAGUUUUUAUCAACAAGAUAAGAUUAUUGGAUUCCAUUUUUUAUAUUAUUCUUAUCUGGUUUAAUAAAUACAACGUCCACCCACCCCAGCCAUUAGAGUUUUCAUGAUUUAUUGUCCUACAACACUGAAUCUAAGGGGAUUUAAUGUUUGUGAGUGCAUUCACAAUAUAUAUAAUAAAAUAUAUCAAUAUAUAAAAUAUAUCAAUAUAUCUAUAAUAAAAGACACCUAAACCUUCACUGCCUGGUGCAGAAUUGUACAUGUAUGUUGAAGGUUCAAAUUUUGGUGAGUCAGUAUCAUAUUCACAGAGAUCUGUUCACUUCGACAUUAAAGGAUCUUCCUCUGUUGAUCUGUGUCAAGAGCCAAAUUACAUCCUCUUUGAUUCAUCACAGAAAUUAAAACAUGAAAACUUGAAAUACUCUCCGUAGUCUCUGUAUAUCUGAUAGACAAAGUAAUGCAGACAGCAGGGGUGGCACAGUUUGUUUUUAGAGAUGACAACAGCUGACUGACUGUUCCUUUUUUUAGCUCUCCAUGCAUGAUUGCAUGUACGCAAGCCGAAGGACUAAAUGUCUCUGUGUUUGAGACAAAAUGACCGUCCAGUCCUGGGUGAACUUCAAAGCACUCUGUUGUUGCAAACAGAUGUGGCGCUCAGUGCCAACUGUUUCAGGCUCAGGGCAAAACAGCCACAGAGUAAUGGGUUAAUAAUCAAAAGGUUCCCUCUGUCAUUUCACUGUCAGUUUGACACACUGUUUAGGCACCGCAUGGGUCAUCGACCUCCUCCUGAGAAUAAAAGUGACAAGCAGUUGCGUUAAAGUGGUUGAGAUCAUCUAUCUGUAACAUCCUCUUUUUUUAAAUGGCCCCUGUACUUGGGAAAUGUUCUGUUUUUGAGUGGGAGGGGGGGCCAGAUGGGUUGAAAGGGGGAAGCGCACCAUGUUUUGAAGUUCAAGUGGCUAACGUCCUAAUAGGUGCGUGCCUGCUUCCUCCAUCAACCAUUAAUGCACGGCAGCCGCAUCACUCACAUAAUUUUCUGGACAGCAGAUGCCUGAGCCUUUGGUGUGGGGUAAUAAUGGGUUCAAGGGGCCAUAGGGGAAUGUUGGUUAUCUGUGAGUGGAACCU